GCGAAUUUUGAAGCACUUUCAUGGAAUUUUGCUAAUUUUUUUCACUGUAGUUCUUGACUGUAUUACAUGUUAAUUACUUUACACAUGAAUUAAUUUACACGUGAUUUGCAUUACGCUAAAUCUUGUAGGUUUAGCACUUCUUUUUGACUACAUAUAAUUUCAUUACAUGUCUUAAAUGUGAAUUACACAUCUUACACAUGAAUUACAUUAAUUUUGUACCUGUAAGAGACAGAGGAUUUGAAUUUGAAAUAGAGGUAUUGAUUCUCCGGUGUUUCCAGCACACCGACAUGUCGGAGGAGAUGAAAACGGAGACAAUGGAACUGAUAGUGACGGCGUGCGAAAAACACCAGACCAAUAAUGAGAGUGCCGCCCGGGUCAUCAAGGAGACAAUGGAUAAGCGUUAUGGAGCAACCUGGCAUUGUGUCGUCGGAGAAGCGUUUGGUUUUGAAGUUUCUUACGAAGUCAAAAAUCUUCUCUACAUGUUCUUCGCUGGAAAUUUGGCCAUUGCUGUGUGGAAAUGCUGUUAAUGGAAUUUAGGCUAGUGCUGUGUGAAAAUGCUCUUAAUGCGGUCAAAAACGCUUAAGAUAAUUCAUUAAGUUCGGAGCCAAGAAUCGACUACUGGUACGAUAAGAUUUUUUUGUUGCAUAUUUGUAAUGAGUAAAUCUUCGAAAAAAGCAUUAGUUUGCUAUUUUUUCUAUAGUUUUUAAUAGUCAAAACUAAGCUCUAAACCCACAAGGGUCAUACAGAGCUGUAUAUAGACUUUGAACAUUGUAUAAAAUUCUUCUGUAUAGAGCAGGAACAUAAGACCCUUUAUAUAGGGUGUUUCAUCACUGGUAAAAGGUUCUUC